UGUCGUUCCAAAGUCAUCAUUUUUCGAAAUCUUAUGCAAAUAUGGCGGGAGUUUUUGGAGGCCUUUGACAAUAUUGUGUAUCAGACGAUCAUACUCGUAUUUACAUCCCAGGUUUGAGUCUGGCGUUUACGGCUUGAAACUUGAUCGGGCAAAUAAUACAAAGCCUACAGUGUACAUCUGAUGUCGUUACAUCCAAUUCGCAAGUGCAUGAAUGUCGUAAAAUGAUACGCUGAUCAUGGCGCCACCAUGUAUGGACUGUGGGCUGACCGUACGCCGAUGGUAUCCAGGGGGUGAUGGCAUGUUUGAUCAGGGUCGGCAUAUAGUGGGUGUAUGAUACGCGGGCCAUCCGGCCACAGUGGGCGUAGAAUUGAUGGAAACUAUUAAUAUUGGACAAGGUUUGGAGUAUAUUGUCCUGCACCAGAAUCAACACAUUUUGUGGUAUGAUGGAAGAUCGAUGCUGGUGACAGUAGCCAGAGAUUGUGUCACUGGAAGACGUUUCGCCCUUUAUCCAGUGUCCGUCCUUGAGCUAAUCCUAAGAUGGUUACCGGAGUUACGGAUUUCAGCGUAUUAUACUCCGAAUCCAAAGGUCUAUGGCAUCAUGUUUAAGAGACCAGCAGAGGUUUUCCUUGUGCUUAGACUCCCAGAAGAAGAUAAAGAAUCCCUGAGAAUGUUCCUGACACGUUACCUGUGUGAUGAUCAGGAUAUGGACAUCGUUAAGGAGCUGACAGAGCACCUUUUUGCUGAAAUUAUGCAGCAUCACAGCCAAGGCGUUGCGGAUCUUGGCAUUACACAGGAUACUGUGUAUGUCAACCCUCACAGUUUCAACAUCGUGGAAAUCGGAAAUUUAAGUAAUGCAGUGUUUCGAUGGAUGGAUGAAAGACGGUUUACUGAAGCAAAGGUCAGAGAUGUGAGGAAGGCCCAAGAAAUACUGCUGUUUUAUUUGAACCGGCUCCCUUUCUGUCCCUUGUAUUUUGCCCUGCAAGCACCAGUUUCCAUCUGUAAUAAUAUUAGAAUUCGGGGAACAAGAAUCACCCAGGUUUCGUGUGACCAUGCAGAUCAGCCAGGCUUUAUAAACUUGCAUGCUCAUGCAUGGUAUCCAAGAGGAUUACUUAAUGGAGCACAUCAGCUGUACAGGACACAGGCUAACCAGGUUGCUGUGGAAAGAGUUGCACAGCUUCAAUCAAGGGCAAACACGAACGAAGAAGAAGAACCUGUGAACGUGUUGCAACCAGCACCUCCUGUUUCUAUGCCACCGCCUGAAGACAUGCACAGCGUGAACCAAGUUCCUCCUCCCUUGCAAAAGACAAACUCCAAAAGCCUAACAGUGCAAGUGGGCAUUGCUGAGACUGAGGAGUUCUCUUCCCUGUUAGAAAGUACAGAGCAGUGGUCCAGUGAGGAGGAAGAGAAUUCUACAGACGAUGAAGAGCUGAUGACUGAUGGGGCUAUUUCCAUUGACCAGGGCCAGUUGAGUCAGGAGUCAGUGCCCAUAGCUACUGGCAUCUCAACUCAGGACGCUGAUUCAGGUGUGAGGACAUGGGAAUUGUCAACAGAUAUGGCCGACUAUGUGGAUGAAUAUCUGGCUCCUGACUGAUAACGUUCAGUAUGUCAUGGAUUACAUCAGAGUCUAACAAACAAGAAAAAUAAAAAAAUAAAAAAAAGGA